GCGAAUCGAUCGCUAGCAGCGAUUUCUCCAUCGCCAGGGCUCCGGAAUCGCGCAGCAGGAUGGACGAUCGGCUCUUGUUUCACAGGGAGGAUCUCGGCGAUGGAUUCCUGAGCGACAUGGACGACGAAGUCGACAUGGAGGAGAUUCGGGAAGGGAUGAAGCUUGUGCCGCUGCCCGAUAUGUAUCCCGACAUAGAUCGAGAGGCCCCUUUCUCCUCCUUGGAUGAUAUUUUGAGAUUACAGGGCGCCGAUGAUCCAUACAAAUCCAACGAGGAAGAUCAGUCCCAUUCUGGCGAAGCUGCGAAGAAAGCUGCCAAGGUUGCUGCUCCUCAUGUUCUCACUGGUGGUGUAGUCGCGGAGAGUGGCCCUCCGCCAGAUUUUAGCCUCUGGACCGUGGAAGAUGAUCUUCUUCUUAGAAACGCAAUGGAGGCAGGCGCGGCCAUGGAAGCUCUUGCCAGAGGUGCCAUGCGAUUCUCACGUCGUUACACAGUUCGAGAGCUCCGGGAGCGAUGGAGAGCUCUUCUUUACGAUCCGGAGAUCUCGUCCAAGGCGGCCAUCCGGAUGGUAGAGGCAGAAGCGUCGUUCUUGGAGUCCAUGCGGCUCAUGUUUCCCAACAAGCAAAAGCUCCAGGACUUCGUGCACAAGCGGCGGCAGAAGAGCGUCCGUGAUACUUUCUACAAGAGAAAGAGAGGCUUGGCAGAUGACAAAGGCGUGCUUGAUGGCGUCGCCGACGGUGGAAGCCAGAUCAACCUUGGAGAGAACGACUUGGACAUGCUAGUUGAUCCGGACGAUCACGCUUUCUCUCAGAUGGUCGAUCUUCUUGCUACCGGAGGGAUUGGAGCUGUCAUUGGAGCUUUCCCUGGUGAAUCUGAACUGGAAACGCAGCAGGAUGCCAAGGACGAAGUCUCGCUUGAGAGUUCACUCAGCCCCGUGAUGGUGGCAGCCCCGGAAAAAUCAUCUCAAACGAAGCUUGACGAACCAAAUGGAGCUGCCGAAAAUGACGUGACUGGAGAUGCCAAGAAAGAGCUUCAUGCAACCAUUUCGGGUGAACGCAUGCCUUCGUCUUCCAACUUGGACGUCAAUGGCAAUCCCGAGCCAUACGUCAUACUUUCGUCAGACGAAGAGGAAGACGACUAUUUCCGGAAGCCGAAGAAAUCACGCACAGAUUCAGUCGUCCAGGAGAAGUUCGUCUGCUCCUUCAACACACAAGAGACAGAGAUAUCGGCCUUUGGAGCUAUGUCCUCCCCUUCUUCCGAGCGCGUGCCUAGCUCACCGGAGGACGGCAGAGGCUGCACAAGUGAUAUGAGGUCUUCGGACUGUCUCGACAGAGCAGACGACGAGACGGCUGAAACCAGUGAAAAGCCGAUCAUCGAAGGCGGCAGCUACACAAGUUUUGCCUCAGCAAACGUGAAGAUAGAGCCCGGAACCGAGACGACAGGCGGGCUAGAAGUCGAUUACUCGGCUCCAAAGGCGGGGACUUGCACAGACAACGAACUGGAAGUCACGACGGGCGUUCAAGAACUCCCUCCGGAAGUCGAAAGCGACAAUGAAAUCGCUCGUUUCUCGGAUGUUGAGACCAUGAUACUAGACAUGGACUUGGAUCCAGGUGACAAUGAACUCUCCGCAAGGGCAGAAUCGAAGCGUUUCUAUGGACAACAUCAAAUGACCAUUCUAAGGUUGGAGCAGAGUGUAAACGCCGUGAUGCAACGGUACCUCACUCGUAAAGGCGCCAUUGCCAUGCUCUACGGAUACCACUUGAAGUAUCUCAUGGUGGCCAACGAGGUUUCGAUCGGUAGACGGACGCAAGGAAACGUCGUUGAUGUCGAUCUCGCACAGGAGGGCCCGGCAAACAGAGUUUCCAGAAAGCAGGCAAGCAUCAAGCUAAACGAAGAUGGGAUGUUCCAUCUGAAAAACCUGGGAAAGAAGGUGUUGUACGUGAACGAUGUUCUAGUUUUCACUGGCCAACGCGCGAUCCUGAGCUCUAGCUGCCUAAUCGAGGUGGGCGGCAUGAGACUGGUUUUCGAGAUGAACAGGAGGCUAACUCAUCAGCGUGUAAAAGAAAUGACCCAAGAAAGCUCGUAACAAAAGUAGAUUCGUUGGUAACUUGAAUUAACUCAUCACCUAAAGGUGUAUUUUUUUUCCUAGACAAAAAUAAAAUAAAAUCGUGGAAAAAUCUUUCAGGUU